AUGGCUGCGGGCUUAACGCCCACCUGUCUGAUGCCAACCGGCUUCCUGUGCCCCGCCGCUUCACCGAGCUUGCACCGUGGAACGGAACAGAUUCACUCGGUCUGGACCGCGCCGGGCUUCCAACGGCCGCCGCCCGGCUACACCGGCACCACCUGCGAGACGCCGCUGGGCUGGGACGGAGGCGGGGGAAGUCAACUGACCACCAGCGGGAAGAGCCAGAGCAGCAGUGGGAACAGCCAGAGCAGCAGCAGUGGGAACAGCCAGAGCAGCAGCAGCAGCGGGAACAGCCAGAGCAGCAGUGGGAACAGCCAGAGCAGCAGCAGCAGCGGGAACAGCCAGAGCAGCAGUGGGAACAGCCAGAGCAGCAGUGGGAACAGCCAGAGCAGCAGCAGCGGGAACAGCCAGAGCAGCAGUGGGGGGAACAGCAGUGGCGGGAACAGCCAGAGCAGCCGGCCCGGCGACAGGCUGUUGAAGGUGACGGUGAGCGAGCAUGGCGGUGGCGGUGGCGGCCUGUCGCGGCUUCAGCUCACCGUCCUGCUGGUUUUGGCGGGGGUCACGCUGGCCGUUGUGGCGCUGACCGCUGGCCUGGUGCUGCAGCGCCACUGCAGGGACUGUGGCCACGCCCCCUGCUGCUGUGGCCACGCCCCCUGCUGCUGUGGCCACGCCCCCUGCGGCUGGACGCGGACGUCGUCGUCAUCGCGGUGGCAGCGGGGCGAGCCAGAGUGUCAGAUCAGCUUCCUGAACGUGGCAGAACCGGAGAAAAAGAAACUGAACACUGACGUCGUUUAGAACAGGAAGUGGUCUGCUUCUCCCAGAGUGCACCUGGGGCUGAUAUGCAAAUGAGCUGUGACAUCAGGGAACAUUUAUAUUCACGGUCUCACUCCUGUAACUCUGUCAGAAUCACAGUGACGCUGCAGUACAGCGCUGGUCGACCAGACUCCAUCCAGAAAACCAGCGCUUUAAAAGUUGUUUGCGUGUCUCCUUGUAAACACAAAUGACAACGUUUAAUUUCAGACUUUUUACAAAUCGGCAUCAUAGUGUUGUUAUUUCGGUUUACUUUUUAAUCCGUUUAAGAAACUGACCACUGAGGCAGAGACGGUUUAGAGCCGAGUAGUUUCCUGUAUCUACAACUGAGGACACUGAGGCAAAACAAAAGGGAUUUAACUGCUUAAAGGUGCCCUAGCUGCCACAUGUACUUCAUGACUUUGUGGUGAUGUCUGAAGGUCUACCAUGGACUCUGUAACCAUGGUUACCUUGUUUCAAGCCAUUCUAGCGCGGUAUAGAAAGCC